AAAUAAGGGGAACAAUCCAGGGAUUAAAUGGAAUCUCCGACUAGGUACGGCUAUCAAUGCCGUCAUCUUCUCUUUGAGAUCUCAUUCUGAGUGAAGUUUGGUUUAAUUGAUACAGUAGAAGAAGAAGAAAAGAGAAUGUCAGGACCCCAGUGCUGUGCUAACCCACCAACUCUAAACCCAGCUAGCGGAGCCGGCCACGUUGAGAAAGUGGGCGGCCUCAACUCCUAUGUCACUGGCCCUUCUGACUCCAAGCUCGCCAUUCUUCUUAUCCCUGAUGUUUUUGGAUAUGAAGCUCCAAACUUGAGGAAGUUAGCAGACAAGAUUGCGGCUGCUGGGUUCUAUGUUGUAGUUCCUGACUUCUUCUAUGGAGAUCCUUAUUCCCCUGAUAAUUCUGAGAGGCCCAUACAAGUUUGGUUAAAGGAUCAUGGACCUGAGAAGGGAUUUGAAGAUGCCAAACCUGUUGUUGAAGCUCUAAAGGGUAAAGGUGUAUCUGCAAUUGGAGCUGCAGGCUUUUGUUGGGGUGCCAAGGUGGUAGUUCAACUAGGUAAACCUGAGUUUAUCCAAGCUGCUGUGCUAUUGCAUCCUUCAUUUGUCUCUGUAGAUGAUAUCAAGGCGGUCGAGGUUCCUAUUGCAAUACUAGGAGCCGAGAUUGAUCAACUUUCCCCGCCAACACUUGUGAAGCAGUUUGAAGAGGUCCUAACUGCAAAGCCUGAGGUUGACUGCCAUGUGAAGAUAUUUCCGAAGGUGGCUCAUGGGUGGACAGUGAGGUAUAAUGUUGAAGAUGAAACUGCCGUGAAGCACGCAGAAGAGGCCCAUGGAAACUUGUUGGAGUGGUUCACCAAGCAUCUUAAAUGAAGCACUAGUGAGAACAAUAAAGAUUGCAUAUAUUAUGUGGAACUUCAAUUAUGGUCUUGUUAAAAGUACUGCAUUUUGUUAUGAUGCUGUUAAAUAAAAGGAUAAGUUUCCUGUUGGCUAAUUUUA